CAUGAAAAUGGGAACCAAUUGACCAAAGACCAUUUCUGCAUUAGUCUGAAAAGCAGCUUAAAAAUGGACAUCUUAAGGCACUUUAUUAGGAUGAAUGGAUGGGCAAGGGCAGAAGGACCCAGGCAACAUGUUUACCCAAAAAUGUUUUCAACAAAAAUUUAAUCCUGUAAAUCUACUGGCUUUAAACCUCUCACACUGAGAGUUGACUCUUUUUUUUCUGGACAUUUCUUCGAAGCGAUGAAACUCAUUUUGCGUUUUUUUUCAACCCUUACCUGUUCUGACAUCAAUUCAACUUAUCGGUUUUUUACAGAGGCUUGCCUCAUCUCUAAUUUUAACAAUGGUUCAAGGUGCAUUGGCACUUUUACCCGCUAUCCUUCCAAUGGCGAUGAUUCUUCUAUUAAGACAAGAAGAACCUUCCAUGAUUGGACGGAACACUUGGGAUAAAGAGUAUGAUUACAUUAUUGUUGGUGGUGGAUCGGCAGGAGCUGUUAUUGCCAAUCGUCUCAGUGAAAACAGUGAAUGGAAAGUGUUACUAUUGGAAGCUGGUGGAUCAGAAAGCAUUUUGAGUGAUAUUCCGAUUACUGCUGCAACCCUUCAAAUGACUAAAAUUGAUUGGGCUUAUCAAACAGAACCUCAAGAAGCUUCAUGUUUUGGUUUAAUUGGUCGACAAAGUCGUUGGCCAAGAGGAAAGGUUUUGGGUGGUUCAUCAGUUUUAAAUUACAUGCUUUAUGUUCGUGGAAAUAGACGAGAUUAUGAUCGAUGGGCUCAAUUGGGUGCAAAAGGCUGGUCUUGGAAAGAUGUUUUUCCUUAUUUUCUCAAGUCAGAAGAUAACCAGGAAAAGGAGUUUCUAGACAAUGGCUAUCACGCGUCUGGUGGCUAUCUGACAAUCUCUAGACCGCCAAACAUUUCUGUCCUCGCUCAUGCUUUUGUCAAAGCUGGUCUUCAUCUUGGUUAUCCUAAUGUUGACAUCAAUGGUCCAAUCCAAUCAGGUUUUAUGACACCUCAAGGAACCAUUCGUCGUGGUGCUCGCUGUUCAACUGCAAAAGCUUUCCUUCAACCCGUCAAGAACCGGCGUAAUCUUCACAUAUUACCUUUCUCAUUGGCUACCAAAAUACUCUUCAAUGAAUACAAACGAGCCAUUGGUGUUCAAUUUGAUCGUUUUUCCCUUCCGCGUGUUGUCUAUGCUCGUAGAGAGAUUAUUUUAUCCGCUGGUUCAAUUAAUUCACCUCAGUUACUCAUGCUUUCUGGUGUUGGGCCCAAAGAACAACUGGAAUCUUUAGAAAUCCCAGUUAUUUCUGAUUUACCUGUUGGUGAAAAUUUACAGGAUCACAUUUAUCCAGGAGGAAUUCACUUUACCAUCACUGAAAAAGCGUCAUUGCUUCAAAGACGAAUUGGAAAUAUCAAAAACAUCAUGGAUUUCUUUCUCAAUGGAAAAGGUCCUUUUACUGCUCUUGGUGGUGUUGAAGGCCUUGGUUUCAUCAAGACUAAAUAUGCCAAUUUAUCUGACGAUUGGCCCGAUUUUGAGAUUCACAUGCUCUCGGGAAGUCCUACAUCCGAUGAUGGUACAGUUUUCCGUCGAGUUCAAGGGUUCACACGUGAAAUGUGGGAAUCAGUUUAUCGUCCUUAUCUUCCAUUCGAUACUGUCUCAAUUUAUCCAGUUAUGUUGCGCCCUAAAUCAGUUGGUUAUAUUCGUCUUCGAUCCUCCAGUCCAUAUGAACCACCAAUAAUCAAUCCUCGUUAUUUAACCCAUCCAGAUGAUAUUCAUUCCAUGGUUGAGGCCAUGAAAAUAUCUAUAGCUGUUGGCUUAGCUCCAUCUUUCCGUGCUUUAGGUUCAAAAAUAUUUGAAACCGUUUUUCCUGGUUGUGAAAUUUAUACAAUGUGGUCUGAUGAAUAUUUGGCCUGUGUUGCUCGGACAUAUACUUCAACAAUUUAUCAUCCUGUUGGUACUUGUCGGAUGGGGGAUCCUCGUGAUCCAAGGUCCGUUGUUGAUCCUUCACUUCGAGUUUUGGGUGUUUCUGGUUUAAGAGUUGCCGAUGGUUCCAUCAUGCCAACCAUUGUUUCUGGUAACACCAAUGCACCAAUAAUUAUGAUUGCAGAGAAGGCAUCAGAUUUAAUCAAAGGCGAAUCGUCUGAGCUCGAUGAUGAUUCUGAUGAAACCUAUUAUACUAAUAAAAAACAAAAUCAUUUAUUUGAAUAAUUUAACUUUUUUCUUCACCUAUUCUUAUUACUACAAUUUCAUUUCUAUUAGCUAACCUGAAUUAUCAGUAGAUUGAAAUUUUAACCCUUCACAUCGCUUCACAUUUUAAUUUUUGCUCAGCUGAAAGUAUAUUUUUACUUGAGUCUGGAAUAGUUUCUCAUUUGAUCAACGAUUCAGGCAAAAGUAAUUGUUUAAAAUAUUUAAUAUAAAAUUAGAAAAUAUAAUUCUUUUUACGUUGAGAACAUUUAAUUUAUACUUGUUAUGAAUAAUUUAGAACAAACUUUGCAACAUUUAAAUUAGUUGAUUGUUUAUCGAAACUCAUUUGUUGACUUGUUUUCUUUUAAUUGCAGACAAUCAAUUGUUUAAUAUACAAAAUAAAAAGCAAUUGAGAUUUUACCAGAUUGAUUGUAAAUUGAAUUUAACAGAUCAAAUGAAAAGAUCCAAAAGCUGUACAGUCAAAAGCAAUUAAUAUAAUAUAUAUAAAGCAUGUGUGUGUAAAUAUUUUUCAGCAAAAGUUGCCUCAAAUUGUGUUUACAAGCCAAAAAAUGAAGCGCAAGUACAUAAAUAUAUAUUUAGAUUUUUUAAAAAAAAAUCAAAUUGAUUCAAAAUAUAUAUGUAUGUGUUGAAGUGUAUCUGGGAGACUUAAAUGUACACACAAAUAAACACAACAAAAGAGUUAUUAUAAAUUCAUCUCUUUUCAGUUGUUAGCCAUGAUUAUGUUGAUAAUGAUGGGGAUAAUGGUUUAAAAAAUACAUUGUAUUUCAAACUUUCUGGACUUCUCAAGAGUUAAAUAUGUUGUGUGUGUAAAUUUAUGUUAGUCGGUUGAUGUGGUGUAUUUGUAUGCGUAUUUUUUGUGUGUUUUGUGGGUGAAGAUAAACGUUAAAAAUAAUAACUAUAAUAUAUUUAUAUUAUAAAAGAACUAGAAGAAGGAAAAUUAUCCAGAUUGAAGAGUCAAGUUAGUGUGAAAAUUGGACACCAAGUUGAGAUGGUUGCUGUGAUUCUGGUCAAGUUGUUCAGGUCUGAUUCAGUUUCUGAUAGAUGAAUGAAAGAGACAUUUUUAUCAUCUUGCUAUCUCCUUUCCUUUACUUUGAAAUAAUGAUAAUAGGAUAAUAAUAUUCCAGAGGCUUGGAUAAAAAGGCAGCAGAUAAAAGGACAUGAACCAUGGCUAAUGUUUUUGUUUUGCUUUCAAUGGUCAGAUGUGAGAAAGAGUUGGG